GGCCGGGAGAAGGCCUUCGUCGCGCACUUCCAGGACAACUUGAAUUCGGUCAACCGGGACCUCAAGUAGGUACCGGCUGAAGGGGUUGGGGUCAGGGACUGUCCCGCUGCGACUUGGCCCCGACCCCGCGCGAGUCUUCGCAGUCAGGGGCUGUUCUUGCUUUCCCUUGCUCCCCGUCCUGUUUCCGUCCUCCCAAGCCACGGCCUGCCCUCCCCGGGACACCUCCUCUCCGUCCCGCUUUCUCGUCGUCUCCCUUCUCUUGGCCUCCUCGUCCUGACUGUCUCCCGCCGCCUUCGACCCCCUCUUGUGGUCGUCGCAUUCCUGAGGAGGAGGCGUGCUCUUCCCACGAACUUCCACUUCUCACCUGUAGGCCCUCUGUGCCCCAUGAUGUCCGAUCACACUGUACUGAUAGUCCAAACAGGACCUGAUCAGCGCUGCCCCAAACCCAAUGAGCUGGAACGUCUGAGCAAUUUGGUAGGCAAGCCAUCUGAGAACCAUCCUCUCCAUAACAGCGGGCUGUUAAGCCUGGAUCCCGUGCAGGACAAAACUCCUCUCUAUAGUCAACUCCUCCAAGCAUAUAAGUGGUCAAACAAGUUGCAGUACCACGCAGGUCUAGCGUCUGGCCUUUUGAAUCAACAGUCAUUGAAGCGUUCCGCUAAUCAGAUGGGAGUAUCUGCCAAACGCAGACCCAAGGCUCAGCCCACGACUCUUGUCUUACCACCUCAAUAUGUUGAUGACGUGAUCAGCCGCAUUGACAGGAUGUUUCCUGAAAUGUCCAUCCACUUAUCCAGACCCAAUGGAACAUCAGCAAUGCUUCUGGUGACCUUGGGAAAGGUGCUGAAAGUGAUUGUUGUCAUGCGGAGCCUGUUCAUUGAUCGAACAAUAGUAAAGGGGUAUAAUGAGAAUGUCUACACAGAAGACGGCAAACUUGAUAUAUGGUCCAAAUCCAACUAUCAAGUAUUCCAGAAGGUGACAGACCAUGCCACCACUGCCCUGCUCCACUAUCAGCUGCCCCAGAUGCCAGACGUCGUGGUCAGAUCCUUCAUGACCUGGUUAAGAAGUUACAUAAAGCUGUUCCAGGCCCCGUGCCAGCGCUGCGGGAAGUUUCUGCAAGAUGGCCUUCCCCCCACGUGGAGGGAUUUCCGAACCCUCGAAGCCUUCCACGACACCUGCCGGCAGUAACCCCACCCCGGCCCGAGGCCAGCCUGCGGACCCCCACCCAGCACCUUCCCAGACAAGCCCGAAGGAAUAUUGAUGGCCCAGACCUUUCUUCGUUGCCCAAAUAUCAGUACAGCCAUGCUUUCCCUUUUGUGAAAAAGCAGCAUGUCCUCUGUGGCUGAGGGGACUGAUUACA